AUGGCUGGUUGUCUGCAAGAGAAAAGACUUUGUUCAGCACAAAAGCUUCAGAAGUGCCUGUUUGCAUUAUUUUUAUUAAGCUUUUGUGCAGCGGAAGCAGAUAUUUAUGACCCAGCUUUUCUUCACAGACACCGCUCUGGACCUAAUGCUGAAACAAUCCUGGCUGCCAACAGUGGGAUAAGAGUUCCCUUUGGACGCUCUGUUUAUUUGGAUCCUAUCAAUGACCUUGUAACUGAAGUGCAGCCUGGAGAUCGCUGCCACAUCACUGUACUGGACAAUGACCCACUGGCUCAAAGACCUGGGAUGCUGACACCCAAGAAGUUUCCUUGUUCAUUUGGAGCAAAGGAAGUAAAAUACACUCAUUUUGGCUCACGUAGUCCCAAUAAGGACCAUGUCAAACUGCAGCUAAGGUAUGACUCCCAUACAGACACCAUGGUCAUUCCGUUUAUGCUAGAAGUCGAAGUCGUCUUUCAGCAGCUGGAGAUUCUGAUCCGUAACAUGCCCCUUGCUGUGGAAAAGCUUAACGAUCAAAGCAACCCUAUUGAGAAAAAGAAUUUGGAGUUUGCUUUUGAGGACGGUGUCACAAACUGCAAGGUGGCCACUCUAAGUGGAACAGGUGGCCUCCCAAGGUAUGGCACUCUUUCUAAUACUUCUGUUAAUGGCCAGAUGAUUGACUGUGAUGAGUUUCUUAAAAAAGGUAUUCGAUAUCAGCAUACCGCCACCACUAAGUCUCCCAACAGAGAUUACAUCCCAAUGGUGGUUGAAGUACAAGAUAAUGACGGCAAUACUAUUCAACAAGAGCACUUUCAGAUCAUGGUAAGAAUUAAAGAAGGGGUUGAGAACACCCCUCCAAAGGCUAGUUUUAUAGCUAUGAUGAUGAUGGAGGUUGAUCAGUUUGUGAUGACUGCCAUAACGGCUGAUAUGCUUUCAGCUGAGGAUGUAGAAUCAGAUGUUGGUGACUUGAUUUUUAACAUAACAACCCCUCUGAGCAAACAACAAGGUUUUAUUAUUAGCACAGAUGAUCAGAAUUUACCAAUUACAUCAUUCUACCAAAGAGAUGUAAAAGAUCUGAAAAUUGCCUACAAGCCUCCAUCAGAAGAUUCAGAAGAAGAGCGAAUUUUUCAGAUUGAAUUUGAGAUAGUCGAUACUGAUGGGGCUGUAUCAGAUACCUUUGCAUUUAUGAUUGUCGUAAAGCCAAUGAACACUCUGGCCCCAGUGGCAACCAAGAACACGGGGCAGCUGCUGUUUGAGGGUCAGUCGAGAGCUUUGUCUACUUCACAGAAUCUGGAGAUCAGUGAUGAGGAUAACCUUGAAGAUGUCAAGAUUACUGUUGUUGAUGGCUUGAAACAUGGUGAGCUCUUGGUCUUAGGAAACCGCAGAAAGUUCUUUACACCAGCUGAUCUAGAUGCUGGCAUUGUGGUGUACCAACAUGAUGGAAGUGACACCUACAGUGACAACAUCAUAUUUAGAAUGACAGAUGGAAGUAAUGAAGUGGAAUUUUUGUUUCCCAUUACGAUUGCGCCUACUGACGAUGAGCCUCCCAUCAUAAACGCCAACACUGGUAUUACGCUGUUCAAGAAUGAAAUUAUGCAGAUCUCCCCAUUCAUCCUAAGCGCCACUGACAUUGACUCUGAAGAUUCAACUAUUAAAUUUAUAGUCGAGGAACCAUAUUCAGCCAUUGGUGAGCUCCUGCUUAGACAAGUGGAGCCCCCUGCAGAUCCUUCAGCUUGGAAGUUUAGUGCAACAGAUGAAAUGUUCGAACAGGUGGUGACGGAAUGGCACCAACAGGAUAUUCUCGAUGGAAAGCUGUUUUACCGCCACACAGGGCAGCACAGCACCGCCACAGUCACUGACCAGUUUGUUUUUAGAGUCCAGGAUGACAAUGACCCUCCGAACCAAUCGGGAGAACAUACAUUCACUGUUAAAAUCCAUCCAGUCGAUGACGUACCCCCGACACUGUACCCUGGGACUAUUCUUCACAUGACUGUAAAAGAAUAUGAGCUGACAUUCUUCAAAAGGAAAUUCCUUCGCUACACAGAUUUGGACUGUGAUGACAGGGAUCUCAAGUAUACUAUUGUCAAGCCCCCAACAGACACAGACGAGAACAAUCCAGUGCCCCUCGGAGCUAUUGUACUGACAGACAGUCCUGACACUGUAAUUACUGAGUUCACACAAGCUCAGGUUAACCACCAUAAAAUAGCAUACAAACCCCCAGACCAGGAACUAGGUAUUACUCCAAAAGUAGUCCAGUUUACCUUCAGUGUAGAGGACACCGCUGGUAACUCAGUGGAGGGCUUGUUUACAAUAUUUUUGCAGCCGGUUGACAAUAAGCCACCCAUAAUCACCAAUACUGGUUUUACAGUGCUGGAGAGAAGUACCUUUUUAAUAACCAAGAAUGAACUAAAUGCUUCUGAUAAAGACACAGAGGAUGAGAAUAUUAUUUUUAAAAUAAUCCAAAUCCCCAAGUAUGGACAUCUACAGUAUCUAGGGAUUGAUAUGUCUAAUGGAGAAACAUUCACUUUAGACGAUAUCGAGAGUAGUCACCUGGCCUAUAUUCACGGUGGUGAGGAAUCCCUUGGUGAUGUGAUUAAAAUUGAUGUUAGUGAUGGCUUUCAUGAAGUUCCCAUCAUUAUUAAGAUUACUAUUCAGCCAGUUGAUGAUAAAAGCCCAACCAUCAUGCUACCAUCAGGUCUUCUAGGUGCCUCUAUUGAUGUGCUUGAGAAUGGUGCUACAGAAAUUACCAGCAAUGUGAUUCAGGGUCGUGACGAAGACACAGAUGACCUUAUGCUCACUUUUAUAGUUGAAGAGCCUCCUAGACUAGGAGAAAUAAUGGUAAAUGGAGCGGUCGCUGAGCGCUUCACCCAGGAAGACAUUAUCAAUGGUGUAGUUGUCUAUGUCCACACUAGUGGUGAGAUUGGCCCCAUUAAACAGCAUGACUCUUUCAACCUCACCAUCUCUGACAUGUCAGAAGAUUGGGUGGUAGGAGGAAACAGAGUUCAAGGUGUCCGUGUACACGUCACCAUUCUUCCUAUAGACAGUAUAGCCCCUGUCGUAAGUGUUGGGGAACAGUUUGUAGUCGUGGAGGGGGAAAAGAAUGCCAUCACGCUGGAGCAUAUUCGAGCUGAAGAUGCUGACACUGACAGUGCCGACAUCUUCUGCACUAUUAUUGUCCAGCCAACAUCUGGGUAUGUGGAAAAUAUUUCUCCAGCGCCUGGGUCGGAGAAGUCAAGAACAGGCACCGCCAUAACUGCAUUUAACAUAAAAGACGUCAGUCUUGGUCAUAUCUACUACGUACAGAGCAUUCACAAAGGCGUAGAACCAGUGGAGGACAGGUUUACCUUCCACUGCUCUGAUGGUAUUAACUACUCCGAGAAGCAUUUUUUCCCUGUUGUUAUCAUUCCAGCCAACGAUGAAAAGCCAGAACUGUUUAUCCGAGAGUUUGUUGUCAUGGAAGGCAUGAGCUUAGUCAUAGACACUCCCAUUUUUAAUGCUGCAGAUGCAGAUGUUCCAGGUGAUGAAUUAGAGUUUGAAAUUAUAAAGAAUCCCAAACAUGGUAAGAUCGUACAGCAGUUGAGCAUCGGGACGAUCCCAGUGGUGAAGUUCUCCUUGGAGCAAAUUAAAGAGGCAUCAAACAUUGUUUAUGAGCAUGAUGACUCUGAAACCAAGGAGGAUAGUUUUGAAAUCCGCCUCACUGAUGGAAAACAUACAGUAGAAGGAAAAGUGUUAAUAAUGGUCAUUCCUGUUGAUGAUGAGACCCCAAGGAUGACUAUUAAUGAUGGACUGGAGGUGGAAAUUGGAGAAACCAAAGUGAUUAGCAACCGGGUCCUUAAAGCCACUGAUUUGGACUCUGAAGACAAAGGUCUUACUUACAUCGUCCGCUUCGGACCUGGACAAGGCUACCUUCAACGAAUCACCAAACAUGGAGAUGUCAUUGGCAACAUCAGCAUCGGAAUGAAUUUCACACAAGACGAAAUUGACAAACAGCUGAUUCAGUAUGUCCACACUGGACAGGAGGGGAUUCGAGACCUUCUCAAAUUUGAUGUCACUGAUGGGAUCAACCCUCUAAUCGAUCGCUACUUUUACAUCAACAUCGGCAGCAUUGAUAUGGUAUUUCCUGAUGUCAUCAAUAAAGGUGUGACCCUUAAAGAAGGAGGCAGAGUAACCCUAACUACUGACCUCCUUAGCACAACGGAUAUCAAUAGCCCUGACGAAUAUCUUAGUUUCACCAUCACUCGCGCCCCGAGUAGGGGUCAUCUAGAGAGUACUGAUCAUCCAGGCGUGCCCAUAUCCACCUUCACCCAACUGCAACUGGCCGGUAACAAAAUCUACUACAUCCACACCUCAGAUGACGAAGUGAAGAUGGAUAGUUUUGAGUUUGAGGUAACUGAUGGCUACAAUCCAGUAUUCCGCACUUUUCGGGUGUCCAUCACUGAUGUGGACAACAAGAAGCCCGUCCUGACCAUCAACAAAUUGGUGGUGGGUGAGAGUGAAACAAAACUGAUAACCCCUUUCGAGCUGACCGUGGAGGAUCGUGACACACCAGACAGUCUACUGCGCUUCGUGGUAACUCAGGUCCCAGUGCAUGGUCAACUCCUGUUCAAUAGGACUCAGGUCAUUACAUCAUUCACCAAGCAAGACCUGAAUGAGAACUUAAUUAGUUACAAGCAUGAUGGGACAGAAACCGAUGAGGACAGUUUCUCCUUCACAGUCACUGAUGGAACACACACAGACUUUUACGUCUUCCCAGAUACAGUCUAUGAGACACGUAAACCCCAAAGAAUGACCAUCCAGAUCAACACCGUGGACAAUGGUGUGCCUCAAAUUGUUGUCAACAAAGCUGCAUCGACCCUUAGGGUUCUACAUACUGGGCAUCUUGGAUUCCUAAUUACCAGUAAAACUUUAAAGGCGGAGGACAGGGAUAGUCCAAACAAAGUUUUGAAGUACUCUGUGUUUGAGGCCCCUCUGCAUGGCUACAUCAUCAAUACUGCUCUGGGCAAUGACAGCAUCAAGACCUUCUCACAAGCUGAUAUUGAUGAAAUGAAGAUCUGCUAUGUUCUCCAUGAUGCGUCAAAUGCCACAAAUGACAUCUUCUAUUUUACAGUACAAGACAACGGAAGCAACAAAUUGAAGCCACAGCCUUUCCGCUUGAACUGGGCUUGGAUUUCUUUGGAGAAGGAGUACUACCUGGUGGACGAGGACGCAAAGUUCCUGGAGGUCACUCUCAAGCGCAGGGGCUUUUUGGGAGAAACAUCAUUUGUCAGUAUUGCCACUACAGAUGGCACAGCUAAAAAGGACAAAGACUUUCGUGGAAAAGCCCAAAAACAGGUACAGUUCAACCCAGGUCAGACCACCGCUUCCUGGAGGGUGAAGAUCUUCACUGACCAGGAGUUUGAAACCUCUGAAAACUUUAAGAUCGAGCUUUCUGAACCAGUAAUGGCAGUUCUGGAGUAUCCAGAUAAAGCCACUGUAGAGAUUGUGGACCCUGGUGAUGAGUCCACUGUGUUCAUUCCUCAGUCUGAAUAUGUGAUUGAGGAGGACAUUGGAGAGCUUUUGAUUCCUGUGCGCAGGUCUGGAGAUGUAAGCCAGGAGCUUAUGGUCAUCUGUUAUACACAGCAAGGUAGUGCCACUGGGACAAUCCCCAGCACCGUGCUGUCAUACUCUGACUACAUCACUCGGACUGAGGAUCACACCAGCGUUCUGCGCUUUGAUAAGGACGAGCUGGAGAAACCGUGUCGAAUCAUCAUCAUCGACGACUCUUUGUAUGAGGAAGAGGAAAGCUUUAAUGUGUCGCUAAGCAUGCCCAUGGGAGGACAGGUGGGAGACAGCUUUCCCAGCGCCAAGGUGGUCAUCCUGGCAGACAGCGAUGAUGAGCCAUCUCUGUAUUUUGGCGAGCUCGAGUACACGGUGGAUGAGAGCGCUGGGUAUGUGGAGGUGACGGUGUGGAGAACAGGAACAGACCUCUCAAAGACAGCUACAGUCACAGUGCGCUCACGCAAGUCUGAGCCUGUCUCAGCAGAAGCUGGUCUUGAUUAUGUUGGCAUCAGUCGCAACCUAGAUUUCGCACCCGGAGUCACCAUGCAGACGUUUCGUGUGACCAUCUUGGAUGAUCUUGGUCGCCCAGAGCUGGAAGGGCCAGAGACGUUCGAGCUGGUGUUGCGUAUGCCCAUGAAUGCAGUACUAGGGGAGCCCAGCAAGACCGUCAUCACUAUUAAUGAUACUGUUACAGACCUUCCCAAGGUGCAGUUUAGGGAGGCUGAAUACACGGUGGAUGAAGCUGACGGACAGAUUACGGCCAUGGUGUACCGCAGUGGUGACAUCAGUAAGACAUCCACCGUUCGCUGCUACACUCGCCAAGGAUCUGCUCAGGUCAUGAUGGACUACAACGAGAGACCCAACACAGAUGCCUCCAUCAUCACUUUCUUGCCAGGUGAAAAUGAAAAGCCAUGUGUGGUGACUUUAAUGGAUGACUCCAUUCACGAGGAGGAUGAGGAGUUCCGACUGGUUCUUGGGACGCCCAAGAGCAAGAUCCCUUACGGAGCUGCAAUAGGGGAGCAGAAGGAAGCUCUGGUCACCAUCACUGACAAGAAAGACAAACCUAUUAUCAGAUUCUCUGAGAUAAAGUACAGUGUGAAGGAACCUCAGACACCAGGAGAGAUCGCUGUGGUAAAGAUCCCAGUUCUUCGACUGGGUGACACAUCCAAGGUCUCAGUGGUAAGGGUUCACACCAAAGACGGAUCUGCCACAUCAGGAGAAGACUACAAUCCUCUGUCUCAAGAUGUCGAGUUUAAGGAAGGCGAGACUGAGCACGUGGUGGAGGUUCAGGUUCUGUAUGAUGGACAGAGGGAGCUCCGUGAGGCCUUCACCGUCCACUUGAAGCCUGAUGAAUACAUGGUGGCUGAGACACAGAUGAGCAAGGCCAUUGUUUACAUUGAAGAAAUGGACAGUGUAGCUGAUGUUACCUUCCCAGCAGUACCUCAGGUCAUGUCACUUCUCACAUAUGAUGACACUGCUCAAGCAAAGGUGCAUCCCAAUCCUCCAACUGGCUACCCUGUAGUAUGUGUGACGGCCUGCAACCCGAAAAACUCAGACUUUGACAAGACUGGCUCUAUCUGUGCAGUGGAGAACAUCAAUGACACCCUGACUCAGUACCGCUGGCUCGUCAGUGCCCCCACUGGGCCGGACGGCGUCACCAGUCCUAUGCGUGAGGUGGACACCAACACCUUUUUUACCAACACCAAGUCCAUCACGCUGGACUCCAUCUACUUUCAGGCUGGAUCACGAGUGCAGUGUGCUGCCCGUGCGUUUAAUGCUAAUGGGGAUGCUGGGCUGGAGCUUAGCUCAUCCAUCAUGAUCAUCAGCCGGGAGGAGGGUCUUUGCCAGCCUCGUAUUCCUGGCACCGUUGGUGCUGAGCCAUUCUCAGCAAAAAUUCGGUACACUGGCUCUGAUGAUCCUGACUACCCAAAUCUAAUCAAGCUUACCAUCACAAUGCCACACAUGGAUGGUAUGCUGCCCAUCAUCUCAACACGUCCUCUGUCAAACUUUGAGCUAACACUGAGUCCGGAUGGCACACGUUCAGGGAACCACCGCUGCUCCAACCUUCUUGACUUCAACGAGAUACAGACGGGCCACGGAUUUAUUACAGAUGCCACCAAGAACCCAGAGAUCAUUGGUGAGACAGCCCCUUAUCAGUACAGCGUGGCCAUGCGCAGUGCCAACUCCCUGCGCUUCUACCGCAACCUGAACCUGGAGGCCUGUCUGUGGGACUUCACCAGUUAUUAUGACAUGUCCGAGCUACUCAACGAAUGUGGAGGAUCUAUUGGCACAGAUGGACAGGUGCUGAAUUUAGUCCAGUCCUACGUCACCCUGCGUGUACCUCUCUUCGUCUCAUAUGUGUUUCACUCUCCUGUUGCUGUUGGUGGCUGGCAGCACUUUGACCUGCAGUCUGAGCUGCGUCUCACCUUUGUGUAUGACACUGCCAUCUUGUGGCAGGAUGGCAUUGGUAGCCCACCUGAGGCUGAGCUGCAAGGUAAUCUAGGUGCCAUGUACCCGACCAGCAUGAGGAUCAAUGAGGAGGGUCGCCUGGUUGUUAAUUUCAAGACAGAGGCUCGAUUCAGGGGUCAGUUUGUCAUGUCCCAUCCAGGAAGCAGCAUUUCUUCCAUGGUCAUGUGUGCUGACCACUCAGGACUUACAUUCACUCUCUCACUGGUCAGAACUGAGCCCACAUACAACCAACCAAUACAGCAGUGGAGUUUUGUCUCGGACUUUGCUGUGAGGGACUACUCUGGCACCUACACGGUAAAGCUCAUUCCUUGUAUCGCGUCUCCAAAUGGAGAGUUUAGUAUUCCACCUGUGUGCCACCCCAGAGAACCACUUACCUUUGACAUGGACAUCCGCUUCCAACAGGUGAGUGAUCCUGUAGCAGCAGAGUUUAGUUUGAACACUCAGAUGUUUCUGCUGUCUAAAAAAGAGCUAUGGCUGUCUGAUGGCUCUAUGGGAUUUGGAGAUGGCACUGAUGUUGCUUUUACUGAAGGUUCCAGCAUCUAUGGCCGUGUGAUGGUGGAUCCGGUGCAGAACCUGGGAGAUUCAUUCUCUUGUAGCAUAGAGAAGGUUUUUCUCUGCACGGGCACAGAUGGAUAUGUGCCAAAGUAUAACCCCACCAAUAAAGAGUACGGGUGCCUGGCCGAUGCACCCUCGCUGCUUUACAGGUUCAAGAUUCUGGACAAAGCCCAGCCUGAGACCCAGGCUACUACUUUUGGAGAUGUCCGUUUUGAUGCUACACUGGUACUAGACACUCCAGGAGGCCUAGCCCUUAUCCAACAGCCUGGAUCAGAUGGGUUUACUCUGUCCUCAUCUCCACUGUUCCAGGUGGCUGCUGGUCGUGAGUGGUUUAUUCACACCAUUUAUACUGUUCGAUCCAGGGAAAAUGCCAACCGUAACAUUGGCAAGAGGAGCCUGGAGUAUCACCAUGGCAUUUCAUCUGUCCUUCCUGAGCCUGGUGCCAUGACCCGAACCCGGCGUGCUGUGCCCGACCCAGAAGCUUUAGACAUCGGUGUGGAGAACAGCCGGGGCACCAACAUCCAGCACAUAGCCCUGGACCGUUCUGACCGGCUCAGAGUGAACCAGCGGCAGGCAUGGGGCAAAGACACCUACCUGGAGCAUCCACAUGUAGAAGGAAGUCUGGGAAGAGAGCCUGCCUCUGAUUUAGGUCUACCUGCUGGCAUGCUCAUGUUGUUGGGGGUGGCUGGGCUGAUCCUUCUGGUGUGUCUAGUGGUGAUUUUGGUGGUCCUUUUAAUUCGCCGUAAGAAGAAGGAGAAAGCUUAUCCACCUUAUUCAACUUCUUCAUGCUCUGCCUACAGUGGAAGCAACAGCAGAAAGAACGCAAGCACAAGACAUAGCGUGGACAGUUCUGAGGUUUAGACACCAACAUUAAGGACUAUCCUGUCCACAAACGCAUUUACAAGGUACGAUCUGCUCGUCAGGCUUGUGCCUUCAGCCACAGAAGUAUAAAACCUAGAGGAGAGGACAUCAAACAAAAAUAUGAAACAAAACUAUGCUGAUGUGCUGCAAAAGAGAAAUUAAUUUUGGAUUCUAGUGAUUCACUUAAACUAAUGACUUUGCUUUUUCACUUAUUAUAUACUACUAGCCAUAUUUCCAACAAAAAUGCUUUUAACUGAGCAGAUUUGCAAGAAUCAGUGCUGAAGUGCUGCAAAAGAGGAAGUAAGCAAGCUUUGCUGAUAUUUACUUACUAUUGUUAAAUUAUGUCAGAUUGUAUUAAAUUACACACAUUAUAAUAAAUCACAGGUCAAACUAGACACCAAUAAAAGUGUCAUAAUAAAACUGUAAAAUAGAAUCUAAAA